AUGCCUUCGAUUCCUCGGAAGCGACCAGCGUCGGUCGGCAGCGGGAUUCCAGCCGGGGGCGAUCCCCGUCACGCCUUCAUUGGUGAAGCAGUUGGCACGUACAUCCUCGUUCUCUUUGGCACUGGCUCAGUGGCGGCGGCAGUUGCCACGGGGGCACAGAUGGGCCUAUGGCAGGUUGCCGUCGUAUGGGCUUUCGGGGUGGCCUUGGCGAUAUACGCGACCGCCAACGUGUCUGGCGCUCACCUGAAUCCAGCGAUAAGCCUGGCAUUCGCAAUCUUCAGGCGCUCGGAGUUCUCGGCUCGAAUGCUCACGCUGUACUGGACGGCACAACUCCUGGGAGCGAUUCUGGCAGGCAUAUCAGUACUGGUAAUCUUCGCGCCGUUCAUAGAGCGAUUCGAGUCAGUCAACGGCAUUGUCAGAGGAGAAGACGGAAGUCAGCGUUCGGCAAUGAUGUUCGGCGAAUACUUCCCGAACCCUGACGUGUACGGCACUGGAGAUGCGGCAGCAGGUCUGAUAUCUCCCGCAGGCGCGGCGUUCGUAGAGGGAUUUGGCACGGCAAUCCUGGCGCUAGUGAUCUUCUCCCUAACAGACCGGCGGAACGCAGGACUAUCAACAAAGAACAUGACCCCCUUAUUGAUCGGUUUUACAGUGGCCGCGCUCAUCAGUCUGUUUGCGCCGCUGACACAGGCGGGGUGGAAUCCGGCCCGCGACUUAGGGCCGCGCAUCGUCGCAUUCUUUGCUGGAUGGGGCAGUAUCGCAAUCCCAGGCCCAUCCAACGGAUUUUGGGUGUACAUAGUGGGGCCAAUGAUCGGCGCGCCCGUGGGAGCCGCGAUCCACGAGCUACUGAUAAAGCCAGGCUUGCGUCGUGAUAUUGCCUCAACCAACGGAAGCGUAGGGGAUGAGAAUUCAUGA